AUGGGAACGAAGUUCAACUCUGACGCCGAUGUUGAUCUUGACAAACCCACGAUAAUCGAGGAGGAAUGUUCUGAAUUUAUCCAACAUGAGCUGCCCUCUUAUACUCUUAAAGAACUCCUGAGUAUUGCUGAGAGAACGCUGGGUACGGCCGAGUCGACAGAAUCUCAAGAGACGACGAAAGUACGGCACUCACUGCUGCAAAUCCUGGCAUAUCUGCGCUGCGGCGAACGCAUCCGCGAGGAAUCAGGAGAUCAGUCCAGCGUCGUCCUGGCGCUGGCGAGCAUCAUAGAGCGGGUCAUCGCACCGCGAGUCUCCUUGAAGCCCUUCAAGGAAGGAAAUGCAGAGCUGCCAGCAGCUUUUGACGAUGACCUGAAAAAGGCCCUGAAGCAGCGACUUGAACACUGUCAAGCCGUCUCCGGGCCCGGUUUGGCAGUCCUCGAAGCCCUCGCAAAGCAUGUCAACGCCAACGGAGUCCCGCUCGGCGAUGACGACGUGCUCCUUACGCUGCUUGCAUUCACAGACGAGUCUCAAGAGUGGACGAGCCCGGACACUGCAACGACAGCAAGGGCACUCCUCGUACACCAAUUUGAUAUCAACCACAACAGCCUGACCAAGGAACGGUUCAUCGGCGAGACGGUUCUUCGACAGUACCUGCGCCCGCUCUUCUCCAAAUCCAAGCCGCCCUCCGUUACAGCAUCCGGCCGGAAAGCAGAGUAUCCUGACACAGAUAGUCGGGGCGGCCACGGCAGUAACAUACCGGACGACUCGCCCCGGACCAAGCCGUGGAAGUACACCGAUCUCAGAGCAAUCACUGCUGCUGCCUGGGCAGUCAGCGAAGCAGAUGAUCAACUCGUUGCAAAACUCUGGCCGCUCUUCACUCCGGUCCUGCUCACCCUAGUGGACGAUUCCAGCACUCCCGUUCGUCGACUGGGCCUGCUAAUUCUCGCCGACUUCCUUACCAAAAUUCCGAACCAUAUCCUCCACAAUAACGGCCUAGGAAAGCUCUUUGAGGAUGCAGUGUUCCCCACGCUAGCCUAUCUCCCCAGCCUGACACCGACCGACGAAUCCAUACAGCUUCUUGUCCCUGCCUACACGGUGCUGCUCCGCCUGGCAGAUAAGCAGCCCGCCACAACCAGUCACGACGGCGUCCGCAACGGGCCAAAGAACCGGCUGCUAGACAAGAUGCUGCGCGAGGGUGUCUUUAUGGCAUAUUUCCACGCCAAGGAGUACAUCAGCAUCGUGGAAGUUCUCUGUCAGCAAACGGCGCUGAUUCUGAACCAGAUGGGUAUCCACGCUGUGAAGCACCUCAAGGACCUGAUACCAAUGCUGUCGGCCAUAAUGGCCGAUCCCUUUGCCCCUAUGGGCCCCGCAACCCUCCUCGCGGCCAUCCAGGCCCUCCAGGCAGUGCUGGCAAACUGCUGGCCCAGAAUCCCCGCCUCCCCCUGGCAAGACGAAAUCAUCAACGCCCUUGUCCUGUGCUGGUUGCAUCUGCCCAGCCAUGAUAGUGAAAAGAACAGCGCGCCGCCGGCCGCAACCUCGCAAAGCCUCAUCGAGCAGGAACUGCUCACCUGCUCCAAGAUGCUCGCCGCGGUUCUCAAGACAGGCAACAUCGACCUUGCCGAGCACGUCGCUCCUGUGAUCGAGAAGGAACCCGCGUUAGCAGGGCUCUUCCCCGGCCAGGAAUCACCAUCGCCACCGCCGUCAGCCGUCUAG